AUGGCGUCAACGACAAUGGCGACAGUCGCUCCACAAACAUCGUUGCCGCAAAGUCCGCCAGCGUCACCUUUCAAGAACCUUCGGGCGGCUCCCUGUACUCAGAAGAAGACAGCAAAGCUCUGGGACCAGUAUGAGAAAGAAGCCGUGGAAAAUGCAAGAAGAAGAGAAACAACCCACGGUGCCCCGACAUCUCAACGCUAUUUUGCUUCUGAUAUUCGAAACGAUCACUUCAAGUCACCGUCACUUACCAUCGCCACGUCUGCUAAGAUAAGCUUCGAUUUUAACUUUGCAGAUGCUGCAAUCUCACCACCGCCACUACGUACCGUGGCCAAGUGCAGGUCCUGCAGGCAACCCACCAUGUAUGCUUCGAGCGACUGUGAACGUUGCAACACAACCAUGACCCGCUCCCCGCCUACCGGAGUGAUAACCCCUCCGCUUAGUCCUUCAUCCCGCAACUUCGCAUGGACAGAUGUUCCUCAACGACACAGAGAAUCGACAUCAGACGAGUCCAGCACAUCAAACUCUGCCUCGUCUGAGCGCACUCUCCUGUGUCCCCCUCCAACAUUGCGUGUCGAUCUACCCGUCCGCCAGUCCUCACUCCACCCACCCCGCAGCCCAGACUUCAACAACGCCGAACUCGACCGCGGCCGCAAGGGCUCCCUAACCGACCCCAACGAGCCUUUCCUGCGCCACCAAAUCGCCCACCAACGCGCCUUCGCACGCUCCCCUUGCUCCAAUCCCACCAGCCCGACGUUUCCUCCCGCCUCCCGGCCUCACACCUCCCACUCGUACUCUCCCGCUUACACCUUUGGCCACGUGAACGUCCACCCCAUGCCCCUCAACACACGGCACAUCGGCACCUCAACCGCUGAGCUCAGCGCCCGUCCGCAUACCUCAGCAACGCUGUCCCCCGCGAGUCGCCCGAGCAUCGUACAGCACAACACAUCCAGUGCGUGGGACGACUGGAACAGCGACGACGAAGAGGAGCAGAUCCGGCUCGUGGGAUGGAUAGGC